GAAUUAUACAUCUGUCUUCGUUCCUUCCUGUACCAGCACACGAAAAGGGAAAAUGGCAUCUGUGGUCUCGAAGAAGUCUAAGAAGAGUGGUGAAACCCUCAACUCCAAGCUUGCCCUCACCAUGAAGAGUGGCAAGUACCAACUUGGUUACAAGUCUACCUUGAAGACUCUUCGUUCCGGCAAGGCCAAGCUUAUCAUUAUUGCUGGCAACUGCCCCCCUCUUCGCAAGUCCGAGCUUGAGUACUAUGCUAUGCUCUCUAAGACUAACGUUCACCACUACGCUGGCUCGAACAUUGAUCUUGGUACCGCUUGCGGUAAGCUUUUCCGUGUUGGUGUCCUUGCCAUCACUGAUGCUGGUGACUCUGACAUCUUGGAUGCUUAAAAAGUGUACAAUUCGUGAGCAAAGCAUUUCAAGGGUUGUGUCAUUUCGUAGAGUUGCUUUUGGUGUACUG